AUGCAGCCUGGAGAGUGCACCGCCUCCAUCGGCAGCUCGGAAGACCCUACAACAACGCAAAUCAUCACGGAUAACGCCGACUGGCUAGAAAAGAUUACCCUUGACUCAUCCGAUUACAUCCUUCCGUCAGCCGAGGUCAAUUUCGAGCCCCCCGACGACACCGAUUCAGCAGACGAAGAUGCCGCUCUAGUCGCACACUUGUGGGACAGAGACCACGCCUCUGACCUUGAGGCGUACGAAUGGAAUUCCGACGACCUCGUGAGCGAGGCCUGCUCAGAUGAUGGAAACGCUUCUGAGGAGGAGCUCCCAAGGUUGGCCCGUAAGGACGAGUUUGAGCAGGGUAUACGGCGAGAGGGGACUUGGACGAGGGAGUACCGCGAGCGGUGGGAGGAGCAUCAUCUUUUCUAUAAGUCGAAGAUACAGUCACGGUUGGAGACCUCCGGGGAUGAAAAGGGGAAUUAUGAGGGGCAUUCCUGUGUCUCGGAGAGUGCUUGGAGCGCUGCGGGGGAGCAGGGUUGGAGUACCCCUGCGACUUCUGGUGGUGGGGAUUGGACUACGAAUUGGACAGCAGGGGAUGGCUGGACCGAAUGGAAGAAGGAAGAUCCAGAACCUUGGACCCAACCCGGCACUCCAUCACCGCAAGAUACGGAUAUCGUUGAUGAGGACGGAUCUGCAAGAACAAAUGAGGAUUCUGGUGAGCUGAAUUCCUGGAAACAAUCAUCGGGGUUGGGACACCUUAGUAAGAGGACUGCUUACAAGGAAUCACGCAGCACUCCAACCGUCUCCCACUUCUCCAAGUCUACCCAUACCUUACCCACCACCCCUUCAUCCUUGUACGAUGGACCCACUAUUGCAAACCUCGACGACAGCACCGCCCUUCCUCCUCCUACCUCCUCCCAACUCGCCAAAACAGCCCUUCGAAACCCAAAGCGGACCGCAAGAUUCGGAGACCCAGAGCCUGUGAAUGCAAAAGCAACCAGCUGCUCCGACCUCGCACUCGACGCAAAGAUACUGGACAACUUUCUCGACACUUGCAUUGAGAAGACACAAGCUCUGCUCGCAGAUGCGAAAAAAGUCCUCAGUUUUCAGGCGCGAGUCGAGGAGAUCUCGGAGCCUGUAGAAAAUGAAGGACGGUCUUCUCACGUGCAGAAGGCCGCGCCAGGUGGCGAAGUGAGAGCACCGGGAGCGCUGUUGGAGGAGACUGUCAUCACUCCCGCAGAGAUCGUCAGGGUCGAAGGCUGGUGGAAGGUAAAGGGCUGCGACACGUGGACGAAAGCUCCUGGCCCGUGA